AUGGAAAACACAAUCUGCCUUGGACGCGCUGUCUCGCUGCUGCUGCUCAGAUCCGCCCCCGCAUCGCAGGCAUCAGCCGCACUCCCACUGCGCCAUGCCCGAUCCAGCGCUAGUUCUGCGGCUUCGUAUUUGACUGCACCUCAUCUUUGCUGUCUCUCAGUCUCUUCCAUCUCUCUCUCUCUCUCGCUCGUUGUCCGUCAGUCUCGUCUUGUUGCUCUCCCGUCUCGCCCACUGCUGGCCCGCUACUCCGACUCCUUUCUCAGUCGGGAUCCGUCGAGACGCUGUCAAACCACUCCCCGCCUCCUGAUUCUCUCACAGACUGGCAUUGACUUCAUCCGUCUGUUCAUCGCAAUUCCCGCUCCAAUUCCUCGUCGUUCUUCGCAUCGCCCUGCCGCAGCAGUCACCCGUUUGCUGAGAAUCCAUGAGCCAUUCCACCGCUUACUUUAUCGCCUUUCUGUCUGGCCCAGUUGGCAUGGCUAUUUGCGCCCGGUGCACGACGUCGUUGAAUACUCGGAAUACCCCAUUCUAGAGAUACAUGCCAUACUCCUGAUCUGCGUCUCUCGCAACAGUUUCAUUCUACCUGGCAGUGCGUGCGCGCGCUCUCCAACAUCUCUAAAGCAUGUCUCGGCUCCCGAAAACCACAAUUCGCCCACAGACUUUAGCUAUUUAGAACAGCUCUACAUCAACCCUGAAGCGUUCGAUCCCCCUUCACCUCCACACAAACCAGCAGACAAUGACAAUGGGUGUGCAAAAGGAUACUCUGGGACAACUCAGCUGCUGAGUCCAGUGUUAACUAAUACUCCUAGCCCUUCCGCAAUAUCCAACACGCACCCCGGAGAGCAUCCAGUGCGUCACGACCAGCACGAUGCCAACAUCUCCCCUACGUCCAUCACACAUGAAGGACGGAAAGAAGUGCCUACCCUCCGACUCCCAACUCUAGCAACCACUCCUUACAGCAAUGCCGUUGAAGUAAAGACCUCGAAUUACCCGGAAUUGCCGCCGAGCCCCGUUGUCAAAAUCUCGAGUUAUAGUCGAGGUGAUUCCCCUUCUCGAGACGAAGUCGGGUUAAACAAAUCGAAACGGAAGAGUAUUUCUUCUGUCCAUCUUGCGCCAGGAGCCGAUGCAUCUGAUGAGCCCGACGACGGAGAUGAGCAUGACGAUAAGAUCGAUGACUGCGAAGCAAAGGCCAGGGCUAUGCCGUCAUCUCCAACUUUGCGUGCCGCUGACGGAAGUUGGGUCCGCAAUCCGGCCACUGGCCUUGGCGGCUUGGACCCAUCAUCUAGAACUGAAGACCUUGUGCCCAGUUUGAAGGAGAUCACAGCGCAACAGGAAUUAGAGGUAAAAAUCGCGGACGUGGAGCGCUGGCUGUCCUUCAGCGAAGCAAACAGCGAAGUCGAGGAUAAUACCUUGAUCGGGUACCAAUCACAGAAAAAAUGGCGAUUUCCUGGGAGACGCAGAACUAAGAGUACUGGAGAUUCUCCGCUCAGUCCUCGCAAUCCAAACGCUAACGGUCAACAAGCGACCCACGAUACCAUUCCUGGGCCCGGUGUCCUUGUGAUCGAGGAGAGCGAAGAAGACGAGGAUGAUUCUCACUCAUCUGACAGCUCGCUUCCGCGACCACCAGACGAUGUUGAUUCCGGCUCUCAAUUAGGUUUCAAGGAAGACGACUUCCCACCCACGGACACUAUCAGCCUCUCGAGCGAGGUGCCGCUCCCGCGCCAGUUUAUUCGGUCCAGACCUUGGCAGGACCAACCAAGGAACCAGAGGUUUGGGGACAUGAAGGAGCAGCCGCCCACAUCUAGUGCUGCGAUCUAUCGAUUUCUGAGACAGGCGGACAAUACUGACACGGCCUCACGGAGAGCAACGUGGGGGACGCGGGAAGUUACUGAAGCUGAUGUCGAGAGCCUUCGUUUUGAGUCCAUGCGGAUCAACGAUGAUGGAAUGAAAGAGAAAUUUAGCCCACGCACUCUUUUCGGGCACGCGAGUAAACUCAUCCCGCGGCGGAGCCACAGCGGCGCAAAGCGAAAACACAGCAUAUUAACUCACCAAACCCAGCCGAGUGUGGAAUCCUUGGAAACCGGAAAGAGUGGCCCCAGCAGCUCGGCACUGCCGCAACGCAAGCCGAGUUUUACGAGACGGUCGAAGACGCCGUCAAAUACCAGCGGUGCAUUCUUGGAAAUGGGAAGACAGAUCGCGUCCGUUGGUGUUACUAGUCCUAUCGAGGUUCAACCUACCAAACCUCUUGCGCCAUGGAGCAGUUUUAUGAGACGUAGCCGCAGUAGAAGCGAGGUGCCAAAAGGCCUACAGAUCACCAACUCGAAAGUGACGCAACCUGUGCCUGGUACUAUGUUAGCGGCGCCGUUAUACGAUCAGAAUCAGACGGCGGUGACUUCACUAGCCCAUUCGCCUCUGAAUGGGAACGAUACUGACGAGAAUGACCAUAAUCAUGAUGAGGACGAAGAAGAUCUGGCAGGUGAUAGAGGAGUCUUUAUGGACUUUUCCAUCCGUGGAGAUCUGAUUGUGCCUACACUCGAAGGGUUCAAAUCUCAUGUCGAGCAGUUGAAUCCCCGGCUACAGCCAGCUCUAGUGCAACGGAUCGCCCAGGAACAAAUGCGACGAUAUAAGAAACUCGUUGAACUCAAGCUGAAGCAUGCCCAGGCGGUACACCGACGGACCUGUCCCUCUAGAGAACAUUGUUUCGCUCAGGGGGGUGAUGCCACCAUUCUGCUGCCGAAAACUGGGGCUAAGGACGUGGAAGCUGCCGCCAUUGGGACUAGCCACAUCGAUCCGAACGGUGGAUCGGGUGAGAAUGCCGUGACAGAUGCCAUGUUUCCGUCAGGCGUGCCGUUACCGCCAACUAGGCGGCUCCCCGCCAAAUUCGAGUGUUCACUGUGCUUUGAGGUCAAGAAGUUCCAGAAACCUUCCGAUUGGACGAAACACGUGCACGAGGACAUUCAGCCAUUCACUUGCACCUUUCCUGAAUGCCCGGAGCCCAAAUCAUUCAAGCGCAAAGCGGACUGGGUGAGACACGAGAAUGAGAGACAUCGUCAUCUCGAGUGGUGGGCGUGUAAUAUGCUGGACUGCACUCACGUAUGCUAUCGCAAAGACAACUUUGUGCAACAUCUUGUCCGAGAGCAUAAAAUGCCAGAACCGAGGGUGAACCGUGGUAAAGGCCGAGGAGGACCAAUCGAGAACGCAUCGCCAAAUCAAAUGGGUGACGAUACCCAGGGGCAAGAAGUGGAAAAGACAGUCUGGGAUUUGGUUGAGAGUUGUCGGCAGGUCACCACAAAGCAGCCUACUGAAGAAGCUUGCCGGUUUUGUGGCAAUGUGUGCAACAGCUGGAAGAAGUUGACAGUCCAUCUGGCGAAGCAUAUGGAACAGAUCGCGAUGCCAGUGCUCCAGUUGGUGGAAGAGCGAGCCGUUUUGGCGGGCAAUAUCCCCGUUGAAGGCGGCAGCUUGACUCCAGCGCCGAGCAGUUUCCCAAAGCCUCUAACGCGAGAGCAAAGCACGCUGUCGACUCGCAGCAAAACCAAAAACAGCGCUCAAGGGCUCGUGUAUGGAACGGCGGCGCUUCUACCAGAAGCCUUUGCAGUGAAACGCCCUACUGUUUCUGCCAAAAAGCUACAAAUGCAUAAUGCGCUUAUGGGGUCGCAACAAUACUCAAUGUCGUCCAAUCAGUAUGCCGUUCAGCAACCGUACUCGCAGGGCAACUCUCCGGUCUUGCAGGGGCCGCGGCACUCCCCUCUAGCGCAGAGACAGUAUGGCGGAGGAAACGGGGCAACGUACCCGCCACCGUUCAACGCACCGAUCCGCCAGCCGGGAGCAAUUGAGACUCCCAACACUGGCGAAAUACCAUACACUUUGGACGUGGACUUGUCAGCGGCAACGGAUCCCUUGACGGGGUUUGGUGGUGGGCCAUUAUAUGCAUCGCCGGUGGAGCAUUACUCGUACACAACGAGUCCAACAGGUAUGGGUUAUCAUAUGGAGGCCUCAGGAUCGGGCCAGGGAUAUGGGUAUAUAAACAUUGCCGACGAACAACGGCAAUAUGGUAACCAAUGA